GCGUUGAGCCCCCUCCUCCCUGCUCAGAAACCCUAAACCCUAGAACCUUCCACCCUCCUAUUACAUCACAUCUGCCCGAUCCCAUUCCUCCUAUCUCAGCCAGCCAGCCAGCCAUGUCGUGGAAGCGUCUUGUCCCAACUCUCAACAGAGUCUUGGUUGAGAAAAUCAACGCGCCGGCUAAGACCUCCGGCGGUAUUCUCCUGCCCGAGAAAUCCUCCAAGUUGAACACCGGGAAAAUUGUGGCGGUGGGUCCUGGACUCCGUGACGAUUCCGGGAAGCAUGUACCAGUGGCUGUCAAAGAAGGUGACACUGUUCUCUUGCCCGAUUAUGGCGGCACACAAGUGAAAUUGGAUGAUAAAGAGUUCCAUUUGUUUAGGGAUGAAGACAUCUUGGGAGUGCUGCAUGAGUAAAUGAACUUAUCUUAGAGGAAGGAAGGGAUGAAUGUUCUUGGUGAUUACUUUUCUUCUAUGUUGUAAGCAUUUUGGGAAUGGAAUAGUGGAAAUCAUUUUUAGAGGUGCAUUAUUAUGGAACAAUAAUAAUAUCGAUCCAUACCCUUUAAUCGCCCUUUUGUGCCCUUUAAUUCAGUGUUUUGAUUGAUUGAUAGUUGGUUCUUAUUUCUACUA